AUGGUCAAGGCAAAGAUCAUCAAGGUGCCUCGAGAGGACGAGAGCUCGUCGCGCCUGCUCAGCAUGAAGAAGAAGCUCAAGAAGACCCUGGAGAGCCCAGUGGACGAGACCGACGACGAGGAGAUGACGCCCGGCUCGUCUUCGCAGGUGCUGGAGGAACCAAUCGACUUCACCUUCGAAACGAUGGAUCAGGAGGACCUCAGCAUGCUUCUCUCAGGGGAGCUGGUCUUCACCAAAGGUCACCAGGCGUGGCGCAGGUUCGCUUUGAAGAUCAUCAAGUUCAUGACGCAGGUGAGUAUCAACCUCGCCAUGGCCAUAGCGGUGCCGCUGGGGUAUCAGAAGAAGGAGAUCCAGGAGGCGGCGAACCGCAAGUGGCUCGAGGAGCAGAGGCAGGCCAGGAGGAUGGCCAAGCGCGUCAAGGACGAGAUGCCCUACGAGCCGCCGACCUCGCACAUCAACCUGGGAAGCGCGCAGGGAUCGGGCGGAGCAGCGAAGACGGAGCCGCAACCACCGCCCGGACUUCGCUCCAAGGCGGGGCCAUCGGCACUGUCAGCGGUCAAGUCGCAUCCCCCCACGCGCAUCCUCAAGAGCGACGGCGCGCUCGAGAUCGAGGUGAAGGCCUCCAGUGCAGGUGGGGGCACGCGCAAGAGCGGCGCCAACUCCCAGAUUGAGGGCUCCGACUCUGGAGGGAGAUCCGCGAUCACCAGGCGCGAGUUCCAGAGCGAGAUGCAGAACAUGAUGAGGAACGUGAACGAGGCCAUCCAGAACGACAUCAAUCAGAUGGCAGGUGCGGCCUGGAUCAUCCCAGAGGGCGCCCAGAACCAGGACGACUUCAGUGGGUAG